GAAACAUUCUCCAGAGGAGAUAAACUUCAGCCCCUCGACACUUCUGAAUGCUUAAAACCUGUUAUAAACAAGGUAUGAAAAUGUUGUUGUUCUUCUUGUUGUGCCUGUUUCUGGGUGCUGUGUCUCCAUCGAAGGAGCAGGAGGUGAAGCUGCAGGAGUUGAAGCUGCAGGAGGUGAAGCUGCAGGAGGUGAAGGAGCAGGAGGUGAAGCUGCAGGAGGUGAAGCUGCAGGAGGUGAAGGAGCAGGAGGUGAAGCUGCAGGAGGUGAAGCUGCUGCGAGGCGGCUGUCCCAUGUUCUGGUACAGCUUCAACGACCGCUGCUACAAGUACGUCGCCACACCGAUGAUCUGGGCUGAUGCAGAGCUCAACUGUUUGUCACAAGGAGCCAACCUGGUGUCCAUCCACAGUCAGGAUGAAGAGAACUUUGUCAAAUUGCUGAUCAGAAACUUUGAUCCUUCUGAGAGGCCCACCUGGAUCGGACUCAGUGACGCUGAGAAGAAUGGAUCAUGGUUCUGGUCUGAUGGAUCCAAACUCAGCUUCAGCAACUGGAACUUAGGAGAGCCAAACAACUCAGGAGGGAACGAAGAGUGUGUUCACACCAGCUUCGGAGCAGCUAAAAUCUGGAACGAUUGGAUCUGUUCAGGAGGAAAUGCUUUUGUUUGUAAAACACGUCCACUUUUCUAGUGUUGCAGAAGCUGUGUCCGAAAUCACUCUGUAAGAUGUGUUGAUCAAUUACAUUUGAUUAAUCUUGGAUAAUGAUCAUUUAAAAUAGUGAAAUCAUCACAAAUAUUGAAAGGUUUAUGAAAAGACAAUCAUCCAAUGUACUUUCUUCAGGAUAAAGGAAAUAGAGUUUGAAUUUUCUCAGAAUUUUACUCUUCAUUCCAAUAAGUCAAAGACAAGUUUUUCGUGAAAUGUGUAAAGAAAAAAAAGAUCUGGAUGAUUUUCCAUCUUUUUCUUAAUAAAUGAUUGAAAUGCUUAAGUUGAAUGAUCUUUACGGCCUGACUAAUCUCAGGUUUACAGUCUGAUAUGGCAUUUGCCACCUGUACCGGGGACUUCAGGGUAUAACAAGGCAAAUAAAAGUAAAAAGCCAAUCAGAAGCACCCAAGCUUUUGUGCUGAUGCCACAAGCUGGUUAUCUAUGGAGAGCUGAUAUAUUUCAGAUCGCUCCACUCUGGUCAUUUCCUUCUACGAGUGCAGAGGAGUGCGCUUCAUGCGCAGUUUAUGCAAAUUUUCAGGAAGGUUUAAAAAAAAAAAAGGAACCCCUCAUUUUACUUGUAUACAUCCAUCACCACAAAUGUAAGAAUAAAAGUAUUAUUUAUUCAAUUUUCUGCAUUUUGUAAUAUUAAAAACGUCCACUGGCUUGUUAUCUUACAAUAAAUGGAAAUUAAUAAUACACUGUGUUGUGGAAUGAAUAUAUAUCAAUAUCAAUCAAUAUAUCAAUAUAUACCUCUGCGGAAACUUUUGAACCAUCAGGUGACUAAAAUGUCUGAAGACUGAAAUGAUGACACUUAAGAAAUAAAAACAAGGCAAUGGCUAGA